AUGUGUCAAAAUGGUGUAGGAGAGGAAGACGUCAAGACCGGACGUAUCGAAGUAGAUAGUGUAGCAUUACGUAUUACAACUCCAGAAGAUAACUGUGUGUGUCAGGUUUAUCUACUUAACCAGACUGAUCAAGACAAAGUAUUUAUGAAGUAUUAUACAAAGAGUAUAUCAGGACCGGAUCAUAUAAAUUGUGGGUUAGCAAUAGAUAUUAGCAUAUCUGCCGAACUUAAUAAAGAUGAAUCACUUAAAACAAUCCAAUGUACAAACAGAACUUCAGCUAUACCUAUUUUGUUGAAACAAAAUGAAAUGCUUAACUUUAAAUCAACCUUAAUUGAUGGGACAUUCACCAGCGAAUACUGCUUCCUUAUCUUCAGACAAAGCAAUGACAUGACAACGUAUCCUUCACUUCACAUAAAAUGCAGUCAAGUGACGACAAACAAAACAAGUCACAGUCCUGUUAUAGAAGAAGAUGCUAAUUGGACUCUGUAUGUUAUCAUUGGUGCUAGCGCUGGGGCGUUUACUUCUGUUAUAGCCAUAGCAGUAGUUACUAUAUAUACAUGGAGAACACGUAAGAAUGGUUCCGGACAUGAUUGCAAUGAUAAAGAUCUAGAACAGAGCCAAAUGAAGUCUGUCAGGGAUCCGGAUUACGAUUCUGAAGGACUGAAGCGUAACAUUAUUUACCAAUCAAGUGAACAAUGUGAUAUUACGGAUGGUAAUUAUCACACAGUAGAGUUAGAAGGUAGACAGGAAGUAGAGAGUACGCAGAACAUUGAUGGCGAUUACAUUUCAAUUGAUGAAAACUUUAGUUCUAAUAGCAAAUACAAAUUAAAACCAGGAAUUCAACAGGAAGGUAAAACGCAAGUUACAAAGGAAGAAUUAGGAUACAAAGUAGAACACGUAACACUGGGUACAGGAAAUAAUGUAGAGUAUGCUGUGGUGAACAAGAGAGAUAGGCUUGGUGAAAAUACAGAACCGGCAACUUCCAUGAAUAACAAGUAUGCAGUUGUAGACAAGAGUGGGAGACUAGAUAAAACAUAAAACCUAUGACUCUCGAAAACGGAAGCAAUGUAGAAUAUGCUGUAGUAGAAAAAAAUACACAAAUCUAGC